AUGUCGGAUGAAAUUGAGAAUGAUACUAUCAUUAUAAAUGAAGAAAAAUCUCUUAAGAAUAUUAGUCAACAGAAACGUCGUGUACAUUUUCCAACUGAUGAAUCUCAAUUACGUAUGAUAUCAAUUGCACCUGAACCAUUAGCAAAUCAACCAUUAUCAUCGCUUGGUGUUAUUAUCCAACGUUAUCGUGCUGCAUGUCAACGUUUACAAAUACGUCCAUUAAAUUGUUUAUUGGAACAAUUAAAUACAAUAGAUGAUAAACGAAAAUCAUUUUUCGAUCGUCUUGAUUGUUUAAAAGUUGUUAAUGAAAGAUUAGAUUUAAAACAUCUAGAUGCUAUUGAAGAAAUUUUAUCACGUUGUCGAUUUUAUCUAUUAGAUUUUGAUUCAUCAUUUACAGAUGAUACAACAUUGACACAAUUUUUUGAUAUUAUUGAAUAUUAUGAAUCGUGUACACAUUUAAAUCUAUCAAAUAAUCGUUCAAUUAAUUUUCAAGGUUAUCAAGCAUUAACGCGAUAUUUAAGAAAAACACGUUAUUUAGAAAGACUUGAUAUGAAUUAUAUACGUUUUGACGAUACAAGUAUGUUAGGUUUUGGACGUUCAAUACGUAUGUCAUCAACAUUAUAUGAAUUACAUAUGGAAUCAUGUCAAUUAAGUGGAAAAAUUUUGCAAAAAUUUAUACAAAAUAUACGUUCAUGUUCUUGUUUACGUGAACUUUAUCUUUGUGAUAAUCGUCUUCAAGUGCAAGAUUCCGUACUGAUAAAUGAAUUGAUACGAUCAUGCGGUCAAUUUCUUCAUUUACUUGAUCUACGUUCUAAUUCAUUACAAGAUAAUGGUAUGUCUCAUAUUGCUUCACAAUUAAGUCAAUAUGAUGAACAUCAUACACAUCAAAAUUCCAUCUAUAAAAUAAGUUUUCAAUCAAAUCAAUUAACACAUCAAGGUAUUGGUUUUCUAGCCAAAGCAUUAUUACAUAAUCGAACAAUACGUUCAUUAAAUCUAAGUCAUAAUCAAAUAACAAAUGAAGGUUUAUUUUUAUUACGUGAUGCAUUAUUAACAAAUCGAACAAUAAAUGAAUUAAUUUUAAGAAAUUGUCGUUUAACAGAUCAAGCUGCUAUUGCUUUAGCUGAAUUUAUUGCUGAAUCAUCUGUUAUACAAUCAAUUGAUUUAAGAGAAAAUAAUAUUCAAGCUAGUGGUAUAUGUGGUAUGGCAAUCGCAAUGAAAAAUAAUAAAUCAUUAUUAAAACUUGAAUUUGAUCCAAUUAAUUCAACUUUAAAUUCACAAUUAAAUAAUAAUAUUGAUCGAACAACAACUACACAUACAAAUAGUUUACUUUCAUUAUCAAAUCUUCGAAAAAUGACAGUUGGUUUUGGAGGUUUUGCAAGUAAUUCAUCGAAUAAUUCAAAUGAAGGAAAUAUUAAUAACACAAGGGAAUUACUUGAACAAAAAGCCAAAUGGAUGAAUGAUAUUGAAUGUAUUUGUCAAAGAAAUUUACUUCUUUAUGAAGAUCAAUUACGUCGACAAGAAGAAGAACUAAAAAUCGAUAAUAAUGACAAAGCUAUUGUAAAUGGAAAUGAUCAAGAGGAACAAUCAACUAUUACAACGAAUGGUAUUAUAUUGGAAGAAAAUUUGACAAAUGUGAUUCCAUCAGAAAAUGACUUACCUGUAGAUUCAACAACAAAAACUGAUGAUUCAAUAAUUAUUACUCAAAAUAACAGUGAAGAUACAUCAGUAUCAACGAAUGAGAAUCCACAACCUACAGAUAUUUCAAUGAAUGAUGUUAAUACAGCUGAACAAUCAAUAGUUACAAAUCAGGAUAACGAACAAUCAUUAGAUAAUUUAGUAAAUAAUAAUGAUAAUCUCAUUGAACAAUCAAUAGAUACAUCAACGAAUGAGGAUAAGAAUCAAGAUGAACAAAUAACGGCAAAUAAUGACGAAAUUUUAUCAAAUGGUGAUAAUCAAGAAGAAUUACAAACAAGUAUUAUAGAGCCAACAUUAUCCAAUUCACCUUCACUUUCAGAUUUAACAGAAGAUAAUUUUACCAAUGAUAAUGAUCAAAAAUUACAAAUUCAUCAUUCAGAUAGUCUUUAUUUAUUACGAAAAAAAGCUAACAAUGAAGAUAAUAAUACAAGUGAUGAUGAAUCUCAAAUAUCAUCAAUUAUCGAAACGCAACAACCCAUUACAGAUGGUGUAUAA